AUGGGACUAGAGGACGACCAAAAGAUGUUGACUGGAUCCGGAGAUCCGAAGGAGGAGGAAGAAGAGGAGGAAGAACUAGUGGAUCCCCUAACAACAGUGAGAGAACAAUGUGAGCAGAUGGAAAAAUGUUUAAAGGCUAGGGAGCGACUAGAGCUCUGUGAUGAACGCGUGUCCUCCCGAUCACACACAGAAGAAGAUUGCACAGAGGAGCUCUUUGACUUCUUGCAUGCAAGGGACCACUGUGUAAGUCAUGCUAAAGUUAGUAAGGGGAAGACUUGCUAG